UGUAACAGUCGCGGAAAGCGCGCCAACCACUGAUUACACGUGUGUGAAAAACAAUCUCUAUUGGACAGGGAAAUACUAUAACUAGAGACGUAUCUAGUCAACUUAUUAUUUCUAUUUAAGUACUGAGACAGUGAGCUUAUGUAACGAGAACCUCUCCGCUUGCUGAAUCUUCUCAACCACCGGUAAAGAUCUACCUCUGAAGCACGCCUUCACUAAUCUUCAACAUACCGACGAAUCUACCACAAUGACCUUCACAUCUGCGUCGCUCUGAUGGACGAAACAGGAACGUUUGGACAGAACAGCCACGUGAUGGAGUACAAGGAUAUGAAUCCGAUGGAGAACAUUACAAUCCUGUACACCACAAUGCCUGGUGUUAGCACGGGGAAUCCCCCGCCGCCGGGAAUUGCCGACUACGUAAAGCUAGCGGUGAUGGGGUACGUCGCCCUCGUCAUCAUCUGUCUUGGGAUGGUCGGUAACGGGCUGUCCAUGGUGGUACUGACCAGGAAAUCCAUGCACACAUCGACCAAUUGCUACCUCCUUGCUCUCGCCAUCUGGGACACCGCGGUGAUUCUCUGUACCUUACUUCUGAUGACGCUGCCCACUUUGUCGUCUUGGUUUAAAGAUAACGUGAUGCCGUACGUUGUGGUAAUUGGGUAUCCUCUGGCUCUGACUGCUCAAAUGUCCACUCUGUGGCUAACAGUUUCCUUCACUGUGGAACGUUACAUAGCUGUCUGCCACCCACUGCAAGCCGUUCGGAUGUGCACGGUUGCGCGCGCACGCGUCGUCAUAGUAGCAGUAUCGGUUGUGUCUAUUCUUUUUAACGCGAGUCGCUGGUUUGAAUAUCGCUUGAAAUUUGAUCAGUCAAGCAAUAACCGGUCAACAUUAUCUUUCGAGCCCACCGAAUUUGGAAAAAACGACGACUACAAGCAGGUUUAUUUCCUCUGGCUUUAUCUCCUCGUAAUGUUCAUAGUGCCCUUGACAUCACUGACGGUGCUCAACAUUUUUCUGAUCCUAGCUGUCCGACAAUCACAGAUUCAGCGAAAAGACAUGAAUGUCAGGCAGUCACGUGAGAAUAACGUGACAAUGAUGCUCGUCUCCAUCAUCAUCGUGUUUAUCAUAUGCCAAAUUCCCGCGCUAAUAUACAAUAUGGCGUGGGCCAUUGACAUAAACACUGUUGAGAAAUCCACUGGUUGGAAAAUUCUUUCCACAUUCCGAAAUUUCAUGGUGACAUUAAACAGCUGUGUCAACUUCAUUUUGUACUGUGCGCUGGGGCAGCGCUUCCGUCACACGUGCAUUCGAUCGUUCUGUCGUUGUAUGAUGAUGACAGAAAAUGGCCGCUCCUUCCGGUACGUAAACUCCGCCAUGAUGGCGUCAUCGUCUGUGAAUACCUAUGCCAAGUACCGGUUGGUGCGCGCUAAGAGGGGGAUCCUCACGUACCGGAUGAAGAACUUGUCCCCGUCCACCGGACUGUGUCGGCGGUACACGAUACAGACGUCCAUGACCUUCUCAAAAGGCGGCACCAAGUCAUCCAUGACUGACGGGCACGAGACGCCGCCGCAGCGCUCCAGGGACUGCUCUCACGCGACCAACAGCACCAAGAGCACCUCCUCCAAAGAAUCCCUCCACAACGAGCUGUCUGACACACAGAAAACAUUAUAGCUCCGAGGGCGACAAGGACAACAAAUUAAGAAAGACGCAAAAAAUUGAUUUCGAUACACAUAAAAAAUUUUGUAUUAUUGAUGCCCAAAAAUCAAGGUUGCUAUUUAAUAUACACGUAAAACGUUUCAAUUAGGAUACUUCAGUUGGCAAUGACUCAAUAUUCCCCAAAAAGUGAUGGUUAAUUACAGUGGUGAAUCUAGUGAUAGUAACAGGAAGAAACUUUAUUUAACGGGGAAAGCCCUCAUGCUCUCAGCUAUGGUCAAAAACGGAUUACUCGGACGCUGCAUUAAACAACAGAACACACCUAGUUCUAAAACGAAUAGCAAAGUUUACAAAUAGGUUUGGACUGACUAUUUAUGUUUGCCAUAUCGCCAAUAUUGGGUACUACAAUAAACAAGUAUACUAUAUAUAUAUAUGACUGUGAUAAGAACGAUCUAUCUUGAGAAUCAAACAUAACAGACUGUCGGCUAGAACCGUCAAAAGCAGGCACCCAACAAACUCGGAGACGUUCCCUCGAUGACGUCAUGCCGUACCCACGGAAUGGCGAUCGAUACCUAUAGUGUACGUGUGUUUGUUGUCCGUGGCCAGAAUAUGAAAGUUCGUCAUAAUUUUACAAGAAAUCUAGCAAACGCUUUAAACCUGUUAAAAUCAGAAAACACAAUGUAAUUGUUAUUUAAAUGUACCACUACUAAAAGCUCGUCGGGUUCUCACUUAAUUUACUUAACAAGCUUUGGAUGGAUUUUAGGACAGACCUUAUUGUACAUUCGAUAGUUCAAAUGGCUCAAAUGGGCAGAAACAUCGGAUUAUAUGAAUAGAAUACCGUGUUGUGUCUGGAUUUGCAUUUCAAGUACACAGAAAACAUGCGCAGAUUCUUUGAUCGUGGAUCAAUUCUACGGACGCGUCUAUUUGAUGUGAGUAGAUAUUCCGGUUAUAAUGGACGACAAGAUGGCCUCCCAAUAAACUGUCCGCGUCUUGUUUACGGACUAGAUCAGUAAUAAGAGAUAACAACAAUCUCUGCAUCAGCACUCUGUGUCCACUCCUCGUACGUAUGUCAUCCGGAAACUUUACAGGACCUGCCGGAAAUUACUCGGUACCAAACAAAAAUUGAUCGUCGUAUGUUCAUACAACGUAACAUUGAUUGGAAAUUGUUUUUGUUACUUUGUUUAAAUAUGUAAUUUUUCAACAACAACAAAAUAAAACUAUUUU